GAGGGGCUUGUUCUUUCACCUCAGCGGCCGACCUGGAAAAGCCUAGAAAGUGCUCCCCUUUUCUUCCGCCUCCGGCUACCCGCAUCGGCCGCCUGCGCGGAGUCCUGGCCACCAAUCGGCGCGCGCGCUGGAGUGGCCGCCUUCUCUCACGCUAAGGGGCUGAGUGCGCCUGCGCGCUGCGCUGUCUUUUCACGUGUCCUGAGCCGGCCCACGGGAGUCUCCUUGCAGCAGGAGUCCGAGUGCAGAGUCCGGAGCUGCGGCGGCGUAAGUCAUGGCUGGACAAGCUUUUAGGAAGUUUCUUCCGCUAUUUGACAGAGUAUUGGUUGAAAGGAGUGCCGCUGAAACUGUGACCAAAGGUGGCAUUAUGCUUCCAGAAAAGUCUCAAGGAAAAGUAUUGCAAGCAACGGUCGUGGCUGUGGGAUCAGGCGGGAAAGGAAAGGGUGGAGAGAUUCAGCCUGUCAGUGUGAAAGUUGGAGAUAAAGUUCUUCUCCCAGAAUAUGGAGGCACCAAAGUAGUACUAGACGACAAGGAUUACUUCUUAUUUAGAGAUGGCGACAUUCUUGGAAAGUAUGUCGACUGAAAUCACUGUUGAAAUGGUGUCACAUGAAGCUGCCCAUUCCACUGAUAUUCUGAACUAUUUCAUCAUGUAAAUAAUUUCCAUGCCUCCCUUUUAUAAUAAA